AUGGCGGUCCUGGCGUCCGCCCGGAGCACAGGAGAGCACGGGAGCACCCUGGAAGAGCUAAGCUGGGACGCCGAGGGGACCCUGAAUCCUGCAGCCGGGCGGCCCGCCUCUCCGGGUGCUGCAGCCGGAGCGCCCGGCGGGCCGGGGGCCGGGGACCGGGGUGCCGUCCUGCGGCAGCCGCAGGGCUCUGCACGGCCCAGCGGUCCCCGCGACUCCAGGCUGCCGUCCCGGGCGCAGUGGGCUCGGGGAGGGACCGGCCUCCGCGCUCCACCCCCGACCGGGCCGGACUCGGCUCGGCGCGCCCGGGCGCGCGCCCUUUGCAUAAAGCCCUCCUCCCCGGCCAAGGUAGAGGAAGUUGGGCUCCCGCCUGGAAGGGAGGCGGGAGGGAGUCCGGCUCCUGUUGUUUUCCGCGAGCGGGAGUGGGUGGCGGGCGCAGAGGGCGGGGUGCGCCCUCCCACCCCGGGCCGGGCGCUCCGGGGCCAGGACCGCGCCGGGAGCCCGGCGCAGCUCCCAGCCCCGGACUUCGGGCUCAGCCCAAGCAUCCUUCCUGGGGGCUGCGGAAAGCGGAGCUACUCGGUCGUUCCGAGGACUCGGGAGGAGCGCUCAGUACCCCGGGGGCCGGGGCCCUAG